AUGACUUCUCCAUCCACAGCUACGACUCGCCUGCAUAUUUCACCCCUCAAUCCGGAGCUCCUCCCACUAGUCCUACCUGCAUCGAUUCGUCCUCUUGCGACAGACAUAUCGUUCCACGAAAUCCCGACCUUCCCUGAGAACAACUACGGCUACGUGACAUUACCAGCGAUGGAGGCCGAUAGGAUCAAGAAGAAGCUCAAUGGGUCUAUCCUCAAGGGUCGGAAGUUCAAAGUAGAGUCAGCUCGACCACAAAAGCGACAAAGAGAUGAGGACGGGCAGAACACUCCCUCAGGCGACAAACCUUCUUCAGGCAAGAAGUCCAAAAAACACAAGGCCGAAGAUAACGUGCUAGAGGGCUACGAACUUCCGUCAGACCGCAAGGUCAAAAGGGGCUGGACGGAGUCGGCAAAUGACAAGGCAGACCGGCGAAAGAAGGAGAAAAGGUCGAAAAGCAAGGAUGAAAAGAGCGCCAAGUCUCAGUUGAAAUCGAAGUAUACCGAAAAGGCGGAGUGUCUGUUCCGAACAAAGGUGCCACCAAAUAAGGCAUCUCCCGAGCCCGAGAAGUCGAAAAAAAAAUCCAAGAAGGACAAGUCAUCGCAGGAGUCAGUUGUUCAUGAGUUCUCCAAGACAAUUAUGCAACCUACAUUCGUCCGGUCCAACGAUGGUGGUAAAGCUGUCACAACUACGUUUGACGAAGACAAAGGCUGGAUAGACGAAUCUGGGGACCUGAAGGAACCGGCCAGUGAGCGAAUCAGGAAAGAUCAAUACAGACCGGGGCAAGUUGUGGGACACAAGGAAAAGCCAAAAAGAACCAAGGUCAAGCCGCUCCCCGAGGGUGAAGAACCUGAGAAGGCCGAGACAAAGAGCCAAUCUGCGGAGCCUAAUGCGAUGGAGUCAGAAUCGGAAGACUGGACCUCUUCAAGUGGCUCGUCGUCUUCGGAAGGCGACAGUACGGACUCGGAGAGUGAUGAAAGUACCUCGUCCGACGAGUCCGAUGCCGAUGAAUCUGAAAAUGACGAGGGGAAAAGGUCAGGCAUUGAAAUUAAGCUGUUGGGUAAAUCAAACUCGACGAAAUCAGAAAGCGAAGAACAGCCGGCGGAUAUCCACCCGCUAGAAGCGCUCUUUAAAAAGCCAGCUGCAGAGAAAAAGCCCGAUUCGGAGCCGCCUGCGCAGUUUAGUUUCUUUGGUCAAGGAGAUGAAGAAUCCGAAGACGAGGCGCCGGCAAAAAUAGCACCACUCACGCCUUUCACCAAGAGAGACCUUCAAGACCGCGGGCUCAGGAGUGCCGCACCCACGCCUGACACAUCUCAGGUUACAAAAACCAUAAACUGGAACCCGUCCGAAAAUUCCGAAACGUCUCUACAUACAGAGAGCCCGGUCUCUAAGCUAGGCGCCGGUUCGAAAGCUGAAUCGGAUUUUGCCAAAUGGUUCUGGGAGAAUCGAGGAGACAACAAUCGUGCGUGGAAAAAAAGAAGGCGUGAUGCAGCCAAGGAGCAAAGACAGAGAGAAAACCGGCGGAAGGGAAUGAAGGGGAAAUCAUAG